AUGACUGAAGCCGCUGCUUCCUCUCUGGCAGGCAAGAGCGGGGAGUUGUGGCUUCGACUUCGCGAAUUACAUACGGCUAGACGGACGGCGUUCGGCGAACGCGUCGGUCUCCUGCUGCGUGCAAGCGAAGGAGUCAGGGAGACGUGCCAGACACUGCUAACCCAGGGGGACCUUUCCGAGCAAGAAGAGCAGUGGUUCACACUAAUCUAUCACGAAGCCCACCAAAUCGCCUGCGAGCAGUUCAGCAAGCUUCACAACACACCUACAAGGAUCGAGGCCGCCUGA